UUUCGAUCUUAAGGCAGUUAAGAAAGAGGAUGUCAGUUGAGUAAAUGAUACUACUUUGAUAGGGAAUAUGAUAUACCUUCAAGCAAUUAGAACAUUAAUAUCAAACAGUUAAGUGAAUGAGAUAAAAAAUAACGAAACAAAGGAAAACAAAAAGGAUUGACCGAUUUUAUAGAAUCUAUAGACAAUAGGAAAAGUUGGAUCUAUGGCUUCUAGUUGGUAUGUGAUUGUCACCUUCUUUCACACUGAUACCCACGUUUCUAUAAUCACUUAGCUCUAACCAUUAACCAUAAACAGCGUUUUUGUGAGUAUGUCAUCUCUGAACUCAACGAUGUCGUAUCCUAUCUUAAAUGAGUCUUCAUUGAACUUUAGCGAGACAACGGUAGAGUUAAGUGAGUCGCAAUUAAACGUAACCGAAUCGCUAUUGUACGAUGACGAAGUACAAGAAUUUGACAACGAAGAAAAAACGUGGAUAUUCGGGGCACCGUUGCUUCUUGUGUUUGGAACAAUCAGUAAUAUUCUUGUCAUCGCAGUGUUAAUGCGGAAAAAGUUCCGUAAAUCUUCGUGGGGACUGUACUUGACGACCCUAGCUAUCUGCGACACUCUCCUGCUGUAUAUGUUCAGCUUAGACUCUUGGUUACAAAUCGUCUUCAAGAUUUGGAUAUCGGAUGAAACAGUCGCCGGAUGCAAGGUGUAUCGAUUUGUCAGCUACUUUUUGAUCCACUUUGUCGCCUGGAUUCUCGUAGCGGUCAGUUGUGAGCGUAUUGUAUUCAUCUACUUCCCCAUGAAGGCCAAGAUCGUCUGUCGAAGGCGAACUGCUUGUAUUGUUUUGGGAAGCAUUGCAUUUAUCCUCACUGGAGUGAACGCUCAUAUCUUCUGGACGUUCUCGCUCACAGAAUAUGAUGGUUUUUAUUAUUGCGACCUCGUGGAUAAUAUCGCUGAGUUGAUGGGUCCUCAGUUUGUGAUUAUAUUUCUAUGGCUGGACCUUAGUAUUGCGUCUCUUGUUCCCUUUUUAUUUAUGGUAGCUUGUAAUAUUGCAAUUAUUACACGAUUAAUUAUGUCUGAUCGACAACGACGUGCAGCGACAUCUGACGGCGCCCAGAAAAGUAACACGACAUCUAUCGCCAUUAUGCUUGUUUCUACUUCGACGACGUUUGUUAUACUGACCCUCCCUGUAGCUAUCUGCAUGGUUUUAUCACUCAAUGAUGAAUUCACCUCUACCGGCAACAACAUGGACAACCUGUAUUUUGCCAAAAGAAUUGCAGAGUUCGUACAACAGAUCAACAGUGUGUUAAACUUCUGGCUGUAUUGCCUGACUGGAAAGGCCUUUAGGACCGAACUGAAGGCGAUGCUUUGCUGUGAACGAUUUAGUGGCACACCAGGGGUCUCUAACGCUUACGUCACGCGUUCCGUAACUGCAACGACUGCAAUGGAACAUAAUCCUGCAUUAAAGCAUAUGAAAGUAAAUGGUCAAAAUCACACAGUUAAAAAUGGACAAGAACAUACCAAACUAUGAUUUCAUAAUGUGUAACAGUCCUGUUCUUAGAAACAGGGUGGGCAAAAAAGUCCAUAUUUUUAUUUCGAUAUUAAAAAUGCAUGUAUUUCAAAAUAUGGAUGUUUUUUUGGCCAAACAUGUUUAUGAUCGUUGUCUAUUUGAUUAGAUAUUUCAAAUGCCCCGUGUUAAGUUCAAACCACGUUGACUAAUUAGAAUCUACAUGUACAGUAUAUCCAAUGUUGUCACGAUGUCCUUUGUUAAUCAGUCUAGAUUUAGGUUACUUUGGGCGGUCUUCGAAUGAUCUCUUUUUGUUCAAGUGCAACCAUUGUAUUUAUUGCAUUAAAUCAUUGUAUUUCUACAUCUUACGUUGUUGUACAUGUAUAUAUAUGUUCAAUUAGAGGCUUAAAGGCCCGAUGUAAAGUUUAAACCACUUUGUCUUACAAUGUAUUUUUAUGUUAUAUUAAGACGCUAUCUAUGAAUUCCUUUAGAUUUUUGGCACUUCAUACUCAGUGUUUUAUUAUUCAUUUUUGUUAAAAAAUUGUGAAAAUUUACGACGUACUUAUCUCGUGGUAAAUUGUUUUGAUACUAUAUUUAGAUAUCGAAUUCGCAUUUCAAUUUCCUGUCCAUGGACAGAGGGAAGCUUUGGCCACAGACCCACCUCUUGAAUUUGUUAUGUCAAAACGUUUCCAAAGAAUAAUCAUUGGGCUAUUGUGAGUAAAUGUGUACUUUGUGAAUAUUAAAAAAGGAAAUACAACUGAAUCGAGUGAUCGAUGUAAA